AUGGCUCGGAAGCGAACUCUGGAGGAUGUGAUUGACCUCACGAGUACCACCCCUGACCGUUGCAGUCGGGCCUCCAGCCAUGCAGAGGUCGUUAAGCACGUACGAAUUGACAAGGUUGCAGUUGCAGAGAGUACUUUUCAUAAGCUGAUGCAGGCUGCCCAAAAACUACCCACAUCGACUUCUAAGGAGACGAAGACCAUGGCUGCUAGCAGGCCCCUGCCAGAGCCCAGAUGCAAGUACUGUGGCGAGCGCAGUGUGUCCCUCAAUGACCCCUGGGUGCGGUCCUUCACCGACUGCAGUGCCUGUGGGGGCAGUGUGUGUAAUAUAUGCUCUAAUUUCCUCAGGGAGGUGCCCUUGAACAGUGGAGAUGCCUCGAAGCUCAACUGGGGCCUCGUCGAGCAGUGGCAGUAG